AUGGAUACGAGUCCCCAUCCAACGCCCUCUCCGCCCUCCUCCCAAACCACAUACAAAUACCCACCUCUGCCAAACAAACGAUCCAUCCGCGUCCUCACCCUCCAACCUUCCACCCAGGCCGCCGCACCACUCACCGGCUCACUAUCAAUUGAAGACCUCGACUCCCUACUCAACAGUGAAAGUAGCUCCUCCUACGAAACAAUCUCCUACGUCUGGGGCGCAGGCGGACGCACCAAGUCCAUCUUGUGUGAUGCACAAUCCUUACCCCUGACGAGGAGCAUUCACGAUGCGCUCUGUCGAAUGAGACUCCCCACGAAACCAAGGAGAUUAUGGGCCGAUCAAAUCUGCAUCAACCAGGAUGACAUCCAAGAGAGGAGCAGCCAGGUCAAGCUUAUGAAUGAAGUGUAUAAAGGUGCUGGCAGGAUACUCGUCUGGUUAGGUCCCGACGAAAAGGGGGACGCAGAACUAGCAAAGCAAAUGGUCGAUUACCUGCACGACGUGUUUGACGAUGAAGAUAAACACAAGGAAUUUCGAGUCGCGCACUCGGAGCAACUGUACAGACAGGCUUACGAGCCGUGGGUGCCAUUCUCACGGUUAACCCGCUUACCAUGGUUUGGAAGGAUGUGGAUCGUGCAGGAAAUAGGAACCGGCGCACCGGCAAGUCUCUUCUGGGGAACCGCCGAACUAGAAUGGGAGAAACUCUCCAACGUAUGCGGCAUCCUCAACCAGCAGUACCACUUCCUCCGGACGCGCUUCCACAUCAGCACCCCCAGCAUACGGUACCUGUACAACCGGUUCGUCGAGCCAGAGGACGAGUACGACGAGAACCACAACCGGGGCAACUUUGUCUACGAGCUGCACCGGGCGAGACACCUGCUCGCCCGGGAUCCGAGGGACCACAUCUACGCGUUUCUGGGGCACUUCUCCGUCCAGAAGGGCAGUUUGGAGCUGCAGGACCUGACGGCGGAUUAUAGCCGUCCUGUGGCCCAAGUAUACUGCGACAUGGCGGUUCGCGUCCUCAAAGAUGCGUCCUCGCUGAUUCUCCUCUCCGCGACGCACAAUGUCGUGUCCAACAGUCGCAAACCGCUGUUUGAUAACACCACCAUCACUUUACCGAGCUGGGUGCCAGACUGGCGCGUCCUCCCAGUACACAUGAUAGGAUCGCCCGUCACUCCCCACGCCGCAGCCGGAUCAACAGCUCCAAAAUUACAAAUCGACGAGCAAAACCACAUCUUACACAUCCACGGCGUGCGAGUAGACACCGUGCACCGCCGGUCAUGGAUCUUCCACGGCAAAGCCUUCCAGUUCCGCCACGCCCGCUGGACCAUCAGCCCAUUAGAAGCCCUCUGGAAAGACAUAUGCGGCCACGACCUCUUCGACCUGGAUGUACAGUACGCGCCGCACCCGUCUGCCACCCCGCAAGAAUGGCGACCGGCCCACGAGUCGUCCGCGUUUUACGCCCUCGUGCAAACACUCUCGAACGGGUGCAUCGGCGCCGACCGCUCCCGCUCGUACGCUGACAUCCCGUCCAAGAACUGGCUCAGCAACGGGGCGUCGUACCUCGUCAAGAGCGGCGUGCAGAGGAACAAGAUCUCGCCGCAGUUGCUGGGGGCAGCGAGGGCCGGCGACCCCUUUAAAUGGAGUCAUGAGGCGACGCUGGUGACGAGGUAUAGGAGAUUUGCGGUCACGGAUGGCGGGUAUUUCCUCAUGGGGCCGGAUUCGAUGGAGGAUGGGGACGUGGUUGUUGUUUUGGAGGGGGGCAAGACGCCGUUUGUGUUGAGGCCGGGAGGGCAGGAUGUUGAAGGGGAAGCGCGGAAAUGGACGUUGGUGGGAGAAUGUUAUGUUCAUGGGCUGAUGUCUGGAGAGGUAUAUUCACUUCCGGGUAUUAAGCCGGAGAUAUUCUCCAUAUAUUGA